AUGGCACUGUAUGGAACCUCUGACGCUCUAAUGUGUAGGGCGUUCCCCACAACUCUAAGAGGACCAGCCAGCGCGUGGUACAACGGCCUGAGGACCGAGACAGUCGCCUCAUUUGACCAGCUCGCCAGAGACUUCGAGCUCAAGUUCUUGGCCAGUGCUCGGUCGAAACCGUCCGUUGCCUUGCUUCUCGGACUGCACCAGAGGGAGGAUGAGUCCCUCUCCCACUUUGUGAACCGUUUUGCAACACAAAUCCGGGGAUUAUCUGAUGCUCACCCCUCUCUGUUGAUGCAGGCGUUCAUGGCAGGACUGCGACCUUCCCGAUUCUUCUGGUCCCUCGUUGAGAGACCUCCCACCGCGCUACCUGAGAUGCUUCAACGGGCGAACCAGUUCGUCGCGGUUGAGGCUUGGAUGGCUGGAAAGCAAGAAGAACGCACGAGGGUCAGACCGAAGCCGGCUCCCGGGCAGCAACCUGCCGCGACUAGGCGCAGGCUGGACCGAUCCGACCCCCCCACUCCGAGGCCUCCUCUUCCCCCCCUAGGCGCAUCCCGAACGGAGAUAUUUCUCCAGAUAAAGGAGAGAGGGUUACUCAGGGCUCCCGUCCCGAUGAAAAACCCACGAGAGCUCACCGACCAGUCCAAGCAUUGUCGCUUUCACAAGCAAAGCGGGCAUGACACCGAAGAAUGCCGCGAACUGAAACGGGAGCCCUCGCCUCGCCCGGAGGGCCCCGCGGAGCGCCGCAUCGAUGUCAUCACUAGAGGACCGGCGAUUGGGGGAACCAGCACGUCCGGGAGGAAGGCAUACGCCCGUUCCGCCAGGACUGACGCUCCCCAAUGCGGCCCCGACCCCAAGGUCGCAUUCCCUCCCGAGGACGUCAAGCGACCAGAGCAUGACGACGCGCUUGUGAUAAUGGCUCGAAUCGCUAAUGCCCAGGUAAGGAGAAUCAUGAUCGACACCGGGAGCUCAAUCGACGUGCUCUAUCUGGAUGCCUUUCUAAAGUUGGGGUUAACCAAAGAAUCCCUGAAGCCUAUCUGCUUAGCGCUCACGGGAUUCACCGACGAUUCGGUCUCACCAUUGGGGACUGUUACCUUGCCCCUGACCUUGGGAGCGCCGCCCAGAACAAAGACGGUGAUGUCCACCUUCUUGGUGGUAGAUCUUCCUACUGCUUACAAUGCCAUCCUUGGCCGCCCCACCCUCAACAAAAUCAGAGCUGUAGUCUCCACCUACCAUUAG